UGAAAUGUUCAUGUUUCAUGAAAUGGCUGCUUCUUGCUUUACUAAACUUGCUUAAUGUAAAGCAAAGUUAAAUCUAAAGAAAGCAUAAAGAAUAUGAUGCAUCGACUAUCGGAAAUAUAACAUUAUGACCGCAUGAGUAGUUUGCCGCUACUGCAUAUAUUUAUUUUCAUGGAACUUUAUUAAUCGCGACUUCAUAAAGACGUGUUAAAAUUGCCAACGGAGCAACGAACGUUGGACGUAAUCCUGGUUUCUUUGGACGAUCAGCCCGAUGCGAACGAUUGCAAUACGCUGUGCGUCAUUUCGAGGCAAACAUUGCAUUAGGUGACAUGCCUAGUAGUCGUGACACUGUGCGUGCUGAACGUAAUGGAAGAUUUAAGUCGAGAAGAAGAGACAGUGCAAAUAGUGAAGGGAACAGGCAUAAUUUUGAAAUUAGUGACAAGAGACACAGAAAGCAUGGGAAGAGUAAGAGUUCGGGUCGUAAGAAAAAGAAGAGAUCAAGGGACAAGUCUCUAGACAAUCAAGCGAAAGUUGCAUCGGUGAAACCAUUGGUAGAGUAUUCGGAUGUAAGUAGUGAAGAUCUUUCAGAACCUGAAGCGGGGGAGAUACAAUCGGAGGAUAGUAGGGGUAAUAGUUAUACCGAUGGAGAGGUGCCUGAAUCUUUGUUACAGAGACGAUAUUAUGGUGGAGUUAGUCCGAGAACGAAUCUUGGUGCGUCGCCAAUUAGUGUGUCGCCAACGUCACCCGCGCAACACAGGCACAUGGGAAAGCAUUAUUCACAUGGUGAAGAGCAACAGCAGCAGCAACAACAACAACAACAACAGCAGCAACAGCAACAAUUGACGAUGAUAAGAAAGAGUCCGGAAUUCGUCGAAGAUCCCAGGAGAUAUGUAAAGCGAAAAGAAAAGAAGCACAAGCGUGAGAAGAAGAAGAAACGUAGUCUAAGUCCAUUUGCGAAUUCAGCGAAGAAGAAGAAGAGAAAAUCGAAACGUCACUCACGUAGUUUGAGUCCAUCGCGAGUUGAGGAGAUUGAUUCAGUCAGUCCGGAGAGGAUGAAACGAGCUGAGAGUUGGACAAAGUCACCGCCUUUGCCAUUGAAGGACAGCACUUCUCCAAUUUCUCCGGCAACUCCAGGGGACAAUCGUGUUUUGAGUGAUAUGGACCUCGACUCCCCAGCGCGGGACGUUCGCAAUGUCGACUCACCAUCCCCGACUGUACCACAAUCCCCACACACUCCCCUAUUACCUCCUAGACCAUUGUCCCCUGAUUCCAACAAAAUGAACCACGGAAUGAAGCACAGUCCCGACAGACAGAAACACAGUCCCAUGGGACACGUACGACGGAACAAUAGUGUCAGUCCAGUGCAUGGCUCUAGUCGCAAGCGACCUCACAGUCCAAGUCCCAUAGCCAGGCGAAGAGAUCACAGUCCACCGAGAAGACGAGACUUCAGUCCAAACGCAAUGUCCCGAAUGAGACACAGUCCCCCACCUCAAAUGUCCCGAAUGAGGCACAGUCCCAGUCCCUCCAACAUGCGACGAAGGGAGUACAGCACCAGUCCCAUGCGACACAGGGGCCGCAGGGACAUGCCCGGCAACGUCGUCCCCAUGGGCACCAAUCCCUGCUCCCCCUCCGGCAAACGAAGACGAAGAGACGAAUCCGACCGAAGACACAAACACCACGACAAGGACCGCAGGGACAAGCGAAAAUCAACCUCCGCCCGAAGUCCCGUUCCCGUACGACUCCCCAUGCCCCUCUCACGCUCCCGUUCACGAAGCCCCACUCGCUGGCGAAAAGUCCAAUCCCGCUCCCGAUCACGCUCACGUCGACGAAGUCGAACCCCAAAGAAGUCCCGCUCACCCAGCAAGUCACACAAAUCUUCCAGAAAACACAAAUCAAAAAGUCCCCGUCCCUCCAGAAUCCCCUCGCCCCUACCUCAUCGUUCACGCGCCAAAAGCCCCUCGAGUAUCACGGCGAAAAACCUUCGAGUUCAGGCGAAAAUCAGCGAAACUAGUCUCUUCGCAGAGCUAGUGAAAAAUCGCAAUAUGCGCGAAUUGGCAAUGAAGAAACUACAGGCUGCUAAUGAAAAGGCUGUCAAUCAGGACGAUAUUCAAAUAAUCGACGGCGCUGACGAAAAAGACGGAGGAGUACCAGGGGCGGAAAGAAAUGAAAAUGAAAACGUUGUUUCGGAAAUUCCGGUACCAAUCCAAGUGGAUGAUGCGUCGAUAGCGGCACGAACACCACCCCUACCGAUUCAUACGACCGCAUCUCCUCAACAGCAAAAUUCACCGGAUUCAAAAACUCCGGUUCAGAAUAAUUCACAAGUUUCGACAUCAUCACAACCACCAUUACCUUCAACGCAAAAUGAAACUGCGGUACUAAUGCCAAUACCUGUUCCAGCACCAGUUCCAGUCAGUGUUCACAGUGUUGCUUUACCAGCACCGUCGCCGAUUGCUGUUCUACCAAAUCUCUCGGUACCACCGCCACCACUUCCGAUUCCAGUACCAGCGCCAAAUUCAUCAUCAUCAUCAUCAUCGGCAAUAUCCAAAUUUAAUACACCGAAUAAUUUGGUGCAAAUAAAAUCGGCCGAUCCACCGAAACCACCGAUUGUUGCUUUUAAAACAAAGAGCUUGUCGAGGCUACCACUACCGCCGGGAAUCAAUCAAAAUGAUUUGGAAAGCAUUGACUCGCCACCGAGUCGAUCUCCGACUCCGCCACCAAAAAUUAAGUUGUCACAUACGCCAACUGUUAAACCACCGGCGAGGAAGAGCAUCAAGGAUUUACCAAUGCCGCCAGUUGUACCAGGUUCGGAGGAUUUAAGCGGUGAAGACGAUCCAAAUGCGACACCGCCAACGAUUGGUAGAUUAGGACGUGUACAAGCUAAGCCACGAUUAAAACGACCAAAAAUAUUGAAACGUCGAGGUUCACGAAAUCUCAUUCCCAUGUAUACUAAAGAAGAAGAGGGAAAGGGUUCAGAUGUAUUUGAUUUGAUAACACAAAUUGGAGAGGGUACUUAUGGACAAGUUUAUAAAGCUUGGGAUAAAAGGGCAAGUGUUGUUGUUGCAUUGAAAAAGGUACGCUUGGAAAAUGAAAAGGAAGGUUUUCCAAUAACGGCUGUGCGAGAAAUUAAAAUUCUCCGUCAACUUAAUCAUAAAAAUAUCGUCAAUUUGAGGGAAAUUGUCACCAAUAAGAAGAAACCAGAGGACUUUCGAAAGGACAAAGAUAAAGGUUCUUUUUAUUUGGUCUUUGAGUAUAUGGACCACGAUCUUAUGGGUUUAUUAGAAUCUGGAAUGGGAGAUUUCAACUGCGAAACGAAUGCAAGUAUCAUGAAGCAAUUGCUCGAGGGAUUAAAUUACUGUCAUAGUAAAAAUUUUCUUCAUCGAGAUAUAAAGUGUUCUAAUAUUCUCAUGAACAAUAGAGGUGAAGUUAAAUUGGCAGACUUUGGACUCGCCAGACUCUAUAAUGCCGAGGAUAGACAGCGACCUUAUACAAAUAAAGUAAUCACAUUAUGGUAUCGUCCUCCGGAAUUACUUCUCGGAGAGGAACGUUACGGUCCUGCUAUUGACGUUUGGAGUUGCGGCUGCAUUUUGGGAGAAUUAUUCCUAAAGAAACCACUAUUCCAAGCAAAUGUUGAAAUGAUGCAAUUGGAAAUGAUUUCGCGAAUUUGCGGAACACCAACACCUGCGGUUUGGCCAUCUGUGAUAAAAUUACCCCUUUGGCAUACGCUUAAGCCAAAAAAAUCCUAUAGACGAUGCGUUCGAGAAGAAUUUUCAUUUAUGCCAGGACCAGCUCUUGAUCUACUUGACAAAAUGCUUGAACUGGAUCCUGAGAAAAGAAUCACUGCUGCUGAUGCACUUAAAAGUAGUUGGCUAAAAGAUGUGCACCCCGAACAAAUACCAGCUCCAAAGCUUCCGAAAGAUCAGGAUUGCCAUGAAUUGUGGAGUAAAAAACGUCGAAGACUAUUGCGUGAUCAAGAGAUAACAUUGGGACGAGUCUCAAUUCCGCCACUUGUUAAUGAAGGAGGUGGCGGCGGUGGUGGUGGUGGUCAACAUAGAAUCAAUGAAGAGCUAUUAUCAGACGUCGGGGGAUCGUCGAAAAGACUGAAAAUGGAGUCUGGUUAUAAUACACAUUCACGAGUGAAUGAAAGUCAUUUUGGUGGUGACAGUACUUUUUGCAAUCAGGAAAUUCUCUACGGUUCAUCUCCAACGGGCUAUUAUUACAAUAGCACUCCGCCAAUUAAAACUCGACCUAAUAUUAAAGGAGAAUCGUCUCACUUUCUCGAAUUUAAUGCCGAAGACAGUCUCGCUCGUAAAUUAAAUUAUUUAACUGUUUCAUUGAGUCAGGGGAAACCGAUUAUUGUCGAAGAUUUGAUGUCACUUCGAACGGAUAACCAGACGGAUCCAAAAGUGGUGCAACUUUUAGGAGAAUUGCAUUCAGAACUUCGUUUAGUUGCAAAUACGAGACCAAAUGGACAACUUGAAUCUCAUCUGCCUGUUCUGAAUCCACCAACAACAGAUGAAUACUUUUCAGUUACAUCAUCGGGACAAAAAUGUCAUUUCGAUGCGCAUGCAGUCUAUGCAGGCGAUGAUGCUGUUUGUGCUGGAAGAUGGUCACAAUUGGCGACUGUUGGUGUACGAUCAGCAUUAUCAGCACUAAUGUCACGUUUUAAUUUAGACACCUACAAUCUUUCUCAUUCCUCUGUUCGACCACCAGGUAAAUCAAUCGCAAGUCUAAGCAAUAAUCCCCCCUCAACGUCCUCACAAUCAGCGUUUAAUUCUUAAAAAAAAAUAUCGCAUAUAUUUAUGUAAAUAAUUCCCUAUUUAUUUAUUACGUCGAAUUUAUCGCGCUGUACAAAAAAAAGAAAGAAAAAAGAAAAGAAAAAGAGAAAAAUGAAACAUAAAUAGUCGAUCGAUCAACAUGUCUGAUUACCUCCAGAAAAAAAAAUUCACUUAAUAUUUCUUUUACAAAAAAUCGAAACUCAAAAUUCAAAAAAAAAAAAAAAAAAUACGAAGUCUAAAUAUUUAAUUUCUUUUACAUAAGAUUAUUUU